AGUACUGCAAAAAAAUUCAAAUCGGAGAAGGGAUAAAUCGCCGACGACUCUUUCUUCUCUCACAUGUCAUACUAAUACCUAAGUCGUCGUCUCUGGCAGAGAAAAUUCGGAUUCGAUUGAGAGAUGGAGAACUCUGUGGAUCUAGUACCGGCGAUGGUUGUAUUUCUCGCCGCAGUCCACGUUAUCGCCUUGGUUUACUGGAUUUAUAGAUUGGCCUCUGAUCGUCCACCUCAGAGGAAAAAAAUUCAGUGAGGUAACUACGAUUCAUCGAUUGGUGGAUUACGAUUCCGAUCUGAUGUUGCGUUUAUCGGCGUUUUUGUGAUUGUUAAGUUUGAUGAAUUUGUCCUUAAGUAACUUUUUGGAAUUGAACUUGGUAGUUUCUUGUGUUUAUGGGAAGUGAUAGAUUUUGUUACAUUUUCCAGUCAUUGGUUCAUAGCAUCAUGAUUUUUGCACUUAUUAUAGAGAUUUAACAUAAGUUACACUACCGAACUGUGCUCAAACGUUAUGGCUAGUGAGAGAUGUGUUCUUUGUUCUUGGUCUCAUCCAACACUUUCUCAUUUGCCAUUAUUCCUGCAGCACCAUUGAUUGAUUAUUAGUUGGGUUGGUUACAAAUAGUCUAUUACUACAAUCUUCUUUUCUGUCUAAGUUUCACUCUUUGAGGUAGGGAUUUUGUUUCUUAAAGCUGCAUUGUUGGUUUGUUUUUGGAGUUGACUGUCACAAUUUUGAUUGUUGAUAAGUGACCAAAUUAAGGAGAAGCAAUAUAGAUAUAUGGUUAUAACUAUGUUGAGUAAGUCGAGAACUAUUAGAAAUCAGUCGGUGUGGACCGUGUGGUUAUUAGAUAAUUUAGAUUGGUCAUGUAAUUUUUGGACUUUUUUUAGUGAAGGA